AUGGCAUACAGCUUUAUUGUAACUAGUGGAAUAUUACUGAUGCUGGCGAAUCAAAACUCAGCUCUCCGGUUCCUGCUUUUUGUCGGCCAUGAUGAGAUGAAUUACACGGACGCCAGAGAAGCUUGUGAGAAUACCGGGGGAAUUCUAGCGGCUCCGAGCUCCUUCACAGAGGAGGAAAAACUAGACGUGAUGCAAUGUAUUCCUCCCAAUACCGUCUUCUGGACCAACCAGAAAGGAUCCAAAGACGCCUGUUUAAUUAAUUACCAUUUGGAAAUUAAGUGUUUCUAUCAAAGAAGAUAUUACACACACGCAUUUCUCUGUGAGGCAGAAAGAGACUCUUUCCGGUACACAUACUACGUCAGGGUUGGGGAUGUGUGCAAUAACCUAGACCACAGUCUCCCUACCCUGUCCCAGGUCCUGAAUUUCACCACACCUACACCCAUAAGACCCACUAAAAGACCAGUUUCCAUAAGGACCUCCAGACCAAUCAGAACUAUACAGACUAUCGGAACACAGUCGCCAAGUGGCGAUGGAACGACCUCAUUUCCCGCCAUUAUAAGCACGUGGGACAGUUACAACGAAACGAACGUUGACAAUCGGAAUAAGAGAAAAGAGGCCGGAAAUAUGUCCAACAUAGGAACAACUGCUGCGGUUAUAAUAUUUAUUUUGGUUCUCGCAUUUACAGUACUGGGAAUAUUGUACGUCUAUUUUAAGAGGAAAAAACCAGACCUUCUAAGAAGAGCGUCAUUUUGGAAGAAACCGGAACCCGCACAAAAUGAGUACGACACGGUACAUCCUCGGCCAGGACAGGAACAUUCGUAUGGAUGCAUGAGGGCAUCUGAUCCUCAUGAGGACUAUUUACAACCAAAUCCCUCCGCCAUCCGAUCACGGAACAUCGAUAACAUCGAUUAUCUGGUGGAGGCAGAUGAUAAUAUUAUUUCUGGUGUAGACACUAUAUCAUCGAAUGGCCAGUCCACGUUAGAAAACGAUUAUGACUACAUUCAUAUAGAUGAUACAAAUUGCAGCAAACCGCCACAAGCAAACACGUAUAGUCUUGCCCGAGCUAUUCCGAUUACUAACGACUACGAAAAAUGUAACCAAUCGCAACCUAAAGAUUCAAAAGUUUCAUCACAACAUGAUUAUUAUAACACUUUCAAGGCGGUUAAACCUAAUGCAGAAAAGAAAACCAAUUCCACAGAAAAUGAUUACGACAGAACAAACGUCACAUAA